CCCAAGCUAGUAGAGCGUUCGAUAUCUGAAUCAGGAGCUAUGGCGCUGGAGAAGGAGAGGAGCAGGGUCCUUGUGAUUGGUGGCACGGGUCACAUAGGCAAGCAUAUCGUCGCGGCGAGUGCCCGCCGUGGCCACCCGGCCUCUGUCCUCAUCAGGGAUGUUGCACCGUCUGAUCCAGCCAAGAUGCAGCUCCUCAAGAGCUUCAUUGAUUCAGGUGUCGCUCUCAUCAAGGGAGAUUUAUUCGACCAUGGGAGCCUCGUAAAUGCCAUAAAGGGUGCCGACAUCGUCAUCUCUGCCGUGGGGCCCCGUCAGCUCGCCGAGCAGCCGAGAAUUGUCAUGGCAAUCAAGGAGGCCGGCAAUGUGAAGAGGUUCCUCCCAUCUGAGUUCGGCUCCGACGUAGAGCGGGUUCACACCGUUGAUCCAGCGGCCACAUUGUACGCUGGUAAAGUCAGCCUUCGCCGUCUGAUUGAGGCAGAGGGUAUACCUCAUACAUAUGUCUGCUGCAAUGGGUUCGCCGAAACCUACCUGCCGAGCAUCGGCGAUGUUACCGCUGUUGGUGCUGGCCCUCCGUCCGCCAAGAUCACGGUCCUAGGCGAUGGAGAUGCAAAAGCGGUGUUUGUGGUGGAAGAAGACAUAGCCGCCUACACGGUGAGGGCGGUCGACGAUCCGACAACCCUGAACAAGAUCCUGUAUAUGAGGCCGCCGGCGAACGUCGUGUCCCACAAAGAGGUCAUCUCGAUGUGGGAGAGGAAAGUGGGUAGGACUUUCCAGGUCGUGCGCAUCCCGGAGGCGGAUCUCCUCAAGAUGAUCAAGGAGGCGGCGUUCCCUCUGAACAUAUUGCUGUCCCUCGCGCUCUCCAUCUUCGUCCGGGGCGACCAGGCCAACUUCGAGAUUGAGCCAUCGUUUGGUGUUGAGGCCACCGAGCUUUACCCCGAUCUAAGGUACACCACUGUCGACGAGUAUCUGGACCGCCUUCUCUAACAGUUUUUGGCUGGCUGGAACGGCACCCAGCCACAGUCGGCAUCCACAGUAAAGAUGAUGAGCAAGUGGCCCCUCCAAAUCCAAUGAUGUCUGCGGUUUUGUGUGUAACAUGUGUAAAUUCACCAUGAAUAACAACCUCUGCUUUUGCUGACAAGCAGGGGAUUUCGGUGUAAAAGUUGAUAAAUCAACAGCUAUACCUGAUUAUUGUCCAACAAUGAUCUUGGCUUGAAUGACAAUGUGGGCAUUUCGCUGAUUU